GGGGCUGGGCGGAAGCGCAGUGUCCGGCCGUGAGGAGCGGGUUGGUAGCGGUGCGCGCGUUCUCCGAGUGGACCCGGCGAGGUGCGUGGGCGCUGCGUGAUGGCGGCUCCCGCUGUAGGCUGGAGCGGAGCGGAAGUAGUUUUCAAAGGUCAUCAGUGAGAAGCGGAGAAAUGGCUAAAUCGACCCAGCUAAUUGACAAUGAAGUCUUCCGUGCUUAUGCUACCUAUGCAGCCAUUGUUCUUCUAAAAAUGAUGCUUAUGAGCCUUGUAACUGCAUACUUCAGAAUCACGAGAAAGGCAUUUGCCAACCCAGAAGAUACAGCAUCAUUUGGUAAAGGUGACAGUGCUAAAAAAUUCCUGCGGACUGAUGCAGAUGUUGAACGUGUACGCAGAGGCCACCUGAAUGACCUUGAAAACAUUGUCCCAUUUUUUGGCAUUGGACUGCUGUAUGCUCUCUGUGGCCCUGAUCUGUCCACGGCCUUGCUGCAUUUUAGGAUCUUCGCAGGGGCAAGGAUCCUUCACACUUUCGCAUACUUGAUCCCUCUUCCCCAGCCCAGUAGAGGUUUGUCUUGGGCAGUUGGGUAUGCAGUUACCAUCUCAAUGGCAUACAAAGUGCUGAGUAAAGCAUUGUACCUGUAGCUGAAUCAUAGCUUCUAUAUAUCAUUCAACAUUCCAUGCAAAGUUUCCAGUGGUUAGUGUUUUGAAUGAGCUGUCUAAGUUUUACAGAGUGACUGGAAUUCAUUUUUCAGCAGAGGCUUUUCAUUCCUGUUUAGAAAUAUUUCCUUUUGGAGAAAAAAAAAUAUCCCUUUUCCUGUAUUCCCUAUUCAUGGACUGUGCUGCCAAAAUAUUAGAUUGAAUGUUCUGUUUGCUAUUUGUCAAGUGCUUAUGAUUCUAAACAUACAAUGAUGCUGUAUUGAUAGCAUGUGUGGUAAUUUUCUACAGAUGCACUAUUUUUGGCUGUAGCUCUGAAGUCUAAAUCAAUAAAGACAAGAUGAAAAAAAAUGUGUUUGAAUUUUUGUUUUCAUUUUGACACUUCUAACUGCAGCCGGCAAAUAGAAUGUCACUAUGUAUCAGAAAGAGAUUUCCAAUCAUACAGUUCUUUGAAGAAUGCUUACCUUAAUAAUAAGAUGUAGCCAGUAAUACUAGGCUUGUUGUAAAAAAUCUUUGAUGGAAUUGUUGUUUGUGUAAUCCACUUUGGGAUUAAAAAAUGCAAACCGUUGUAGCUCCAUUUCACUCAGAUGAAUAGAUUAAAGAAAAAAAAAAGGUAUUUGGGUUAAACUCUGUUUAGUGACACUGAUGGAAUUUUGAAGUAAUUAUUUCUGUGGAAGUUACACCAUACAUAGGUUUUGUGACUGGAUAAAGCAGAUCCUUUGUAGAAGAUUUUUUUUUCAUUUUUGAAUAAAUUCAUCGUAAAAUGAGUGACACUUGCAAAUAUCAAGUAAUUCAGAAGUGAAUAUAUAAUUAGUUUGUAUGUCAUACAGUCAUAAAUAUGCCGCUGAUAGGAAAUUUUGCUCUUUGCUUAUAUCCUUCUAUGAUGUGUUAGUUUGAAGUAUUUUCUUUAAGGGACUUUUCCUGGUCUUGUUCGUUUCUUUGCGUAGGUAUGGCUUAAAUGAUAGCACAGAAUUUCAAGGAAAGAAAAUAACCUAGAAAAGACUUUAUAUCUAGUAUGCUGGUCAUUGAUAAGUUUUAAAUAGAAGAAUAGGAUGUUAAGACCAGCUAUCUUGAGUAGUUUGAUUUUAACAAUGUCACAUUUCCCAUCAGCCCUUCUUAUUUCAAGGAGAGCUGGUAGUGGCUAGAGAAGGGACCGGACUGGGACCUUGAACUGAGGCCUAAACUGAUGGUUAUCAAUUUACCAACUCAUAUUGGUCUGCCCGUGACUGUUCUGCCUCCUUAUAUUGUAAUUCCAACUUCUAAAACUGUAUUUUCCUCAUUUCUUUGUAGCUUGCCUCUUCCUUCCAACCACCUGUCUUUCAAUCCAUUAAAAAAAAUGGAAAAGUAGCCACCAUAUAGAGGUAACCACUUCAAAUUCAGCAGCAGAGCUAAGAGCUAGUCUUUUCCUCUAGUGCCAAAAAGGUGCUUUUUUGGUGGGAUGAAAAACACAGAGUACCAACUUUCCAACAGGAAUUCUCAGUAGGCUUUUGCCCUCUUAAUUUCAAAUUUUUCUGAUGAUUGUUUUAAAUUGGUUCUUGUUCUAAUUUUUGAAUUUUUCUAGUAUGCCUACAGUUGCACUAGGGAAGUAAAGUUCCAUGCAUUCAAAUAAUUCAGUUGUUUAAUACUCCUUAUCUUAACCAUCCAACAGGAGUGUGAUCCGAAGUUUAAAAUCAGACUUUAGUUCAUUUACAGGCAUGAUAAGAGAUGCAAAUGUCACAAGUUGUCCACCAGGAGUUAUGCAGCCUAGCUGUCCUUGCAAAAUAUAUUCAGGAGUAGCUUUUAACUCCUUUUGCAUCAAGCUUCUGUGGAAACCUUAUUCUAAAGAGAAAUACUUGGAGCCUGUCUUUAUUUCCAUGUUCUUAAAUUUGAAACAAAGCUAGUUUUAAAUCCCUUCCAUUUGCUCGCUGUUAUCAAAGCCCUGAACAUACACUCACUAUGUGGUGAGAAGUAAGAAAGAUAAACAGAAACCCUUAGAAAUACCUAGAGUAAUUCAAUAUUAUUCUGUGUUUUUCUUGCAUUUAUUUUAAACUUAUAUUUUAUUUUCCUUUGCUCCCACAAACACCAUCUGUGCAUCUGGGUGGGGUACACAUUCAAUCUGUGAAAUCUGCCUUAGCAGAUUCGAUGAAUCUCUGGCUGCCAGCAAUGUGGAAAUAUGUUACGUUGGUUGCUCUGAAAGUAAUGCCUCCUAUUUAUUUCCAUGGAAGCUACUCUAGCUACAAACAGCACAACAACUAUUGCAGGAAAUUCUCAGCUACAACACCUUAUUUUUCAACUUAGUCACCACCUUUAGCUAUGCAUUUUCAUUCGCUAUGAACAAGAACUUGUAUGCCACACUCAUAAAAGUUUGCACCAGUGGAGUUGACCCACUACUGCUGUCACCACUGCUGAAAUGCACCACCCACCACCUCACUGUGGGUCUCUGUAAAUGUUCAGCAAGCAUUGAUGAGCCUCCUUAUGGAGGAAGUCAAUGACACAUAUUUGCUUCAUACACAAUUCUGUGUUGUCUACACUUUGUCAGACUGCCCCCCUGCUGCCGUAUGAGCAGUGAGAUGUGAUGGAACAUUGGUAGGAAAGUUCAGUCUCUGCUGUCAUACCAGCAACGUCUACCUCUGGCAUUGUGAGCCAAAAUAAUAAAAUAGGAUUAAUUGCUUUUGGAGAAGACCUCAUAGAAUUGUUCUUUUCACCUGAGUCUUGCCUUGCUCCAGGCCACGCAUUAGAGAAAUUUGCUGUACCUAUGUCAUAGCCAAUUGUAGUACAGGUGUAUACUACUAAAGAAAAAAAGUUUAUUUUCUGAUCUAAAUUAAAUUUUCGCCUUUUAAAAUAUGUUGAUGGGAAUUUAGGACAGAGUUUAUCAGAUUCUGUUACUAAAUCACUAAAUGAGAUAAUCUGUAACUGAAGAAGCAACUGGCUGCUGACAGGUAGACUGCUUUUGAGUUGUUGAAAGUAGCCAAGUAGAAAAAAGGCCAGAAUGUAGGAGUCAAACCAGUGCCCUGAAGACUUCAUUUUAGUUCCUUAUGCUUGUUAUUUCUACCACUUGUAGGCAGCUAGAGAAACUACAAGAUUCUUUUCUCUGUACAUUACUCCUGACAUUUUAUAUUCUUACUUUUCUAAAGUACAUCGUGUUUGAAGUUGCUCUAAUCGUUGACCAAAAGGUACCUUAAAAUGCUAGCUGACAUAUCUUGACCCAGUUAGUUGGGUUCCUCUCUGAGCGAAUUUCAUGGACUGCUCCAUUUUUAGAAGUAUAAACAUGUGAGCAACUCCUUGGUUUAGAUUUCAGCUCUGUGAGUAAAUGCUUAUGUGUUUUUAGACAAAGUUACUUUGUCCUUUGGUUGUGGCUGCAGAUAGAUGUGCUAUAAUCAUUUGCUGAGAGGGCUGGUGACUGUCAAAGCGCUCUGAGCUAGGACUUGCCAUCUGAGCAUGGCUUCAUGUCCUGUAAUAACAAAACAGGUGUUUAAAACUGUAAAUGAUACAUAGGAUGUUUCCUUGAAUUUCUGGUAUAAAGUCUCUGUCUGAACUGCA